AUGCCAUCACACCGUCCUCCGAAGGGGCGCAGCUCCACAACAUCCCUGCCAACUCUAACUCCAACAUACUCGUCACUACUCGUCACUGCAGCCGUUGCAGUGAGUGUAUUGGGCAGCCACCAUAUACCAUCUAGUUGGCGGCGUUUAUUGGCUGCUGAAAGCCUCUUGCUGAGUCUGACUAAGCGUUGUUUAUGGGUGGUGGGCUUGGCGAGAAGCCGAAAUUCGUCGGAUGUUAGGGAUCGCGAGCAUGAGAAAGGGGUUUUGCUACAAAGGCAGACGUUGGAGGACAUUUUGGAGGUGGAGUGGUUGGAAGAAGGCGAACUAAGGGCUGUAGUCCUAAUUGGUAAUAAUCCAAGAGUCGUAGAGACGGGAGCGGUAGACAUGCUAUUCCGGACAUUGGCUGUGUGCCUCUUCUACACGACUUAUCUCAUCUCUGAAGCCGGAUUCGUUUCGUAUAUUUCUACCUACUUUAGGAAGCAUGAAAACUUUCCGUGUCCUCUUCUCUAUGUUGCCAUGCUAAGUAUUGUAUCGCUAGACCUACAAGCCAGACUGAGCAAACUCAUCAAGUGCUUAUCUCAAGUGCUCGGCCAACUGUGCAGAGAAGCUCGGAGCCCCUGA